AUGGCCAGCCCUCAAGUUUCGUCGGACCUGAUCUGGGAGAUCGUCCGCUCCAACAAUGCCUUCCUCGUCAAGAGCAAGACCAGCGGCGGCAUCCAGUUCUCGCGGGACCCCAUGAACCUGAAGAACAAGCACUCGCGCAAGGUGAGCCAGCCAAUCCCACACGAGGCCCAGCCCGGAGCAAAGACACGGGUCAAAAUUCAAAGGCGUGGUCCAGCUAACAGGGGUGGCAUACAGUACGCCGGUUUCGUCAACGAGAAGGCCGUCGGUGUUAUCCCCAACGAGAAGGGCGGUGUCAAGGUCGUCAGCAAGAAGCCUGCUACCCAGCACAAGCCCGCCACCAGCACCACCGAGACCACCUUCCACGGUGGCAAGUCUGCUCGCAACUCCUACAAGGCCGUUGCCAACCAGACCGCCAAGAACGGCUACCGUGCCGACCUGCGCGAGGCCGCCGUCCAGCGCGUCUCUGCCAUCCGCCGAUCCCAGCUUGAGGUCAAGCCCGAACCCGAGAAGAAGCUCCGCGGCAACGCUGCCAAGAAGGCCGCCGCCGCCGCGUCGUCGUAG